AGUAAUAAUUUAGUUGGAGAUGGUGAAGAAGUGGAUGGGAUCAAAAUCAAGACAUUUGCUGUGGCCGAGGGGAAAAAAGUCAAUACGUACCCCAGCCAAGAUGCUCUUGCUGAGUUCCCCAUGCUCUCUAUAGCGGGCAACAUCACAGUGGUGGAGAGCCAUUACAAGUUUAGGUUCCCUCGUUCUUCUCCUUAUCCCUGCCGUCAAAGUGCAAAACGUGUACUUGCCCCCCAGCUUAUUGCCAUCGAGAAGCCACACAGAAUCAGGAGCCGACUGGCGGAAAUCGGGUGCCCAUGGCCCCAGCACAAGGUCCAAACAUUCAUCUCUCCUCUUCAGAUCGUAAAUGUGAGAGGGCGUCACGCACAGCGUUUUCUCAAUCACAAGAAAACUGCCGAAGCUCCUCCGCAUGAAAACCGAGUCGGCCCCCAAAUAGUGGCCCAGCCUCCGCCAGCCCCUAUCAAUAGUGUCGAGACGGAGACAGAAGACGUUUCUCCUGGCCGUCUGUAUGAAGAAAGUAGUCUCAUCCACGAAAGCAAAGUCCAUGAUGUGGGCCCAAGCAUGGCUCGCAUCAAAGUAGUCGUGGUGGAUUCCCGGGAGCAGAACCCAGUUGAGGGAUCGUACAGCUCGAAACUGUUGCCUCCGGCUACCCGUGUGUCUUCAUCGAAUUCCAUGAGUUUGGAGAAGACGAGGAUCUUUGUGCCGUCGGGUGUGGGGAUGGCGUGGAGGACGAGCUUUGGGUGGCGCUGGCGGCGCACGGGGGUGAGGUCGGCCGCCCCCAGCUCCACGGUGGUGGUGGGCCGCCGCCGCCCAGAGGCGAGGUGCGGGGACAGGUCAAGCCUGUAUGCUGACGUGGAGGGUUCGUGUUCAAACAGA